AGAAAUUGAAGAGCGAUCACCAAACCCUAGAGAGAACUCUGUUGAAGACGGCGAACAUGACGUCAUCUGGAGGAAAGAAGCAGGUCGUGAAGAAGAUGAUCCCGUGCUGCAUGAAGAUGGGGAUGAAGAGAGGACCAUGGACGGCGGAGGAGGAUGAGAUUCUUGUGAGCUUCAUCAAGAAAGAAGGCGAAGGAAGGUGGAGAUCGCUUCCCAAAAGAGCUGGUUUACUCCGAUGUGGUAAAAGCUGCCGUCUACGGUGGAUGAACUAUCUACGGUCGUCUGUAAAACGCGGCGGUAUCACUCCCGACGAGGAAGAUCUCAUCAUCCGCCUUCAUCGCCUCCUUGGCAACCGGUGGUCACUGAUCGCGGGAAGGAUACCGGGAAGGACUGAUAAUGAGAUUAAGAACUAUUGGAACACUCAUCUUCGUAAGAAACUCUUAAGUGAAGGCAUUGAUCCUCAAACCCACAAGCCUCUUGAUGCAAACAAUGCUCAUCAUAAACCCGGAGAAGAAGUUUCCGGUGGACAGAAUCUUCUAGAGCCUAAUUCUAGUUCUCACACUGAUGACACCACCGUUAAUAGCGGAAAUGAAGCUACCAAGAUCACUUUCAGUGUCUUCGGUGGUGAAGACAACGAAGACUUUGGUUUCUGUUACGAUGAUAAGUUUUCUUCGUUUCUAAACGCGCUUAUUAAUGAUGAUCCUUUUGAUAGUAAUAUUCCAUUGUCCCAGCCGUUUCGGACGCAAGAUUGUACUGGUGAGAUUGUUGGAACGUCGUCUAGCUUAGAACAUGGCCAGAGAAUAGAAGAUAUAUGAUUUGAUCGAUCGUGAUGCCUUCUAUAUCUACCAUGCCUCAAGAAGUGUGUACUCAUGUGAUUUCAAAGGUCGGUAUAUAUAUGUGUGCUAAGUUGUUUUGUGGCGAUCUGUGUGAUUACAAAAUAAAUAUAUACCUCAUAUAUGUAAACAUACUCAUAUAAGUCGGUAUAUAUAUAUGUGUGGUAAGUUGUUUUGUGGCAAGGUUUGAGUUCUGAUUCUUGUUUAGUAUUUAAUCAAGUGCAAUGUGAAAACAAAAUUACGAUAUUAUUUGUUUAAUCUCCAUAAUAA